UGUAGCAAGUAACAGAACACAAGCUUUUCGGUUCAGAACUCACGAGCUGCAACACACAAAGACCCUUUUUUGCUUAUUCCUUUAUUCUUCUUCUUCUUCUUCUUCUUCUUCUUCUUCUUCUUCCAUUUGCUUCUACUCUGUUUCCACUUUACCACACAACACAAACGCCAAUCCACAGAACCCUAAUUCCCUUCAAACAAUAACAUAAAAGGUAGCACAAUGGUUUUCGUUUCGCGAGCUGCUACACCGUCACACUGUAUUCGCCAUGACACCAUAUUUCGGCACAGCUUCGAUGGGUCCAAUGUUAGGAGGAGACCUUGCUUUGCUGUCUCUCCUUCUUCCUGGGAUUCUGCUAAGAAGGGUUGGCGUGGUCGUAGUAUGAUUGUUGCAGCUAGCCCUCCCACCGAAGAUGCUGUGGUUGCUGCGGAGCCACUCACGAAGAAGGAUCUUGUGGAUUAUCUUGCCUCUGGUUGCAAGACCAAGGAUAAAUGGAGGAUAGGUACUGAACAUGAGAAGUUCGGCUUUGAGUUUGGAAGCUUGCGUCCAAUGAAGUACGAGCAAAUAGCAGAGUUGUUGAAUGGCAUUGCUGAGAGAUUUGAGUGGGAAAAAAUAAUGGAAGGUGAUAAAAUUAUUGGACUCAAACAGGGGAAGCAGAGCAUAUCAUUGGAGCCAGGUGGUCAGUUUGAGCUUAGUGGAGCCCCUCUUGAAACCUUGCAUCAGACUUGUGCUGAAGUUAAUUCACACCUCUAUCAGGUUAAAGCUGUUGCGGAGGAAAUGGGCAUUGGAUUUUUGGGUAUUGGCUUCCAGCCAAAGUGGGGAAUCAAAGACAUACCUAUAAUGCCAAAGGGAAGAUAUGAUAUCAUGAGGAAUUACAUGCCUAAAGUUGGUUCCCUUGGUCUUGACAUGAUGUUCAGAACAUGUACUGUACAGGUCAAUCUGGACUUCAGUUCUGAAGCUGAUAUGAUCAGGAAAUUUCGCGCUGGCCUAGCUUUGCAGCCCAUAGCAACAGCUCUUUUUGCAAAUUCACCCUUCACAGAAGGAAAGCCGAAUGGUUUUGUCAGUAUGAGAAGCCAAAUUUGGACUGAUACUGAUAAGGAUCGCACAGGCAUGCUCCCCUUUGUUUUUGAUGACUCAUUCGGGUUUGAGCAGUACGUCGAUUAUGCUCUUGAUGUUCCAAUGUAUUUUGUCUAUCGGAAAAAGAAAUAUGUCGACUGCACUGGAAUGACUUUUAGGGACUUUUUGGCUGGAAAACUUCCUUGUCUUCCCGGUGAAUUACCAACCCUCAAUGAUUGGGAGAAUCACUUGACGACUAUAUUUCCUGAGGUCAGGCUGAAGAGGUAUUUGGAGAUGAGAGGUGCUGAUGGAGGGCCAUGGAGAAGGUUAUGUGCCUUACCAGCACUUUGGGUAGGGCUAUUGUACGAUGAUGUUUCUCUACAAAACAUUUUAGAUAUGACAGCAGAUUGGACUCCGGAAGAAAGGCAAAUGCUAAGGAACAAGGUUCCCAUAACUGGCCUAAAAACACCAUUUAGAGACGGUCUUCUGAAGCAUGUUGCUGAAGAAGUUCUACAGUUAGCAAGGGAUGGCUUGGAAAGAAGAGGCUUUAAAGAAACAGGAUUUUUGAAUGAGGUAGCUGAGGUGGUUAGAACAGGUAUCACUCCAGCUGAGAAGCUUCUGGAAUUGUAUCAUGGAAAGUGGGGGCAAUCUGUAGAUCAUGUAUUUGAGGAAUUGCUUUAUUGAGCUGUAUUCACAUAAAUACUUGCUUCUCUUUCACUUUUUAAGUGGAGGUUACUUGUGUGUAAAACCUUUGGUUGUAUUCCUCGUAAUCUUUCUUGUGCUCUGCUUUUAGAUAUAGGAAAUAAUUUCUGAUAUAAUUUUUUUGCCUCAAGGCUUCUCAUGUACUCUUCUGUGGAAACGUGAUGUGACCAAGCUGGUCUUUAAUUCAUGUCACAAAUUUGAGAAUCUCAUCUAGGUAAUCAAUUUAACAGAAGAGGCAAUAGAUUAAUGGUUUGCGGUUGAUACCA